GUAGCACCGGUGCCACUGGCACAACCGGCACCAGCACCACCGGUAGCACCGAUACCACCAGCACAACCUGCACCAGCACUACCAGUAGCACCGGUACCAUCGACACAACUGGCACCAGCACUACCGGUAGCACCGGUACCAUCGACACAACUGACACCACCGGUAACACCGACGCCACCGGCACAUUUGAAAGAUGCGACCAACAAACGAAUAAACGAAGCGAUGCGGCGCGCUAUAAAUAAAGAAAAAAAAAAUGAGACCAAAAGUGCCGGUGGCGCCGGGAUACGCAGCGGCGCCGGGAUACGCAGCGCCGGGGUACGCAGCGGCGCCGGGAUACGCAGCGCCGGGAUACGCAGCAGCGCCAGGAUACGCAGCGGCACCAGGAUACGUAGCGGCGCCGGGAUACGCAGCGCCGGGGUACGCAGCGGCGCCGGUAUACGCAACACCGGGGUACGCAGCGGCGCCGGGAUACAUAGCGCUGGGGUACGCAGCGACGGCGCCAGGCUAUAUGUCCGUAUCAGGCUAUAUGCCAGGAUGCAAUCAUGGUGA